AAGGCCGGAGGAAGAUGGCGGCGGGGGCGAGGUGAGCUGUUGGCAGUAGAAAGGGUUUGGGCGCGGGGGGAGGGGAACGCGGAGCGAUGGCCCGCGCCGGCCGUAGGGGUAGAUAAAAAGCCGUCGCGCCGUGGGUGUGGGACGGAGGGAGGGUAGGAUACCUGAGCGCCACGAGAGUAUGACGGGGCUGUACGAGCUGGUGUGGCGGGUGCUGCACGCUCUGCUCUGCCUGCACCGCACGCUCACCUACUGGCUCCGUGUUCGGUUUGGCACCUGGAACUGGAUCUGGCGGCGCUGCUGCCGCGCCGCCUCCGCCGCGGUCCUAGCGCCGCUCGGCUUCACGCUCCGAAAGCCCCGGGCUGUAGGCAGAAACCGCCGUCAGCACCGUCACCCACGAGGGGGCCCGGGCGCGGCCGCCGCCCAUCCCCGGCUGCGCUGGCGCGCAGACGCCCGUUCCCUGGAGAAGCUGCCUGUGCACAUGGGCCUGCUGAUCACCGAGGAGGAGCAGGAGACCAGCUACUCGGACAUCGCGAGCCUCGUGGUGUGGUGUAUGGCCGUGGGCAUCUCCUACAUUAGCGUCUACGACCACCAAGGUAUUUUCAAAAGAAAUAAUUCCAGAUUGAUGGAUGAAAUUUUAAAACAACAGCAGGAACUUCUGGGCUUAGAUUGUUCCAAAUACUCAACAGAGUUUGCAAAUAGUAAUGACAAAGACGAACAAGUUUUAAAUUGCCAAUCAGCAGUGAAAGUCCUGUCCCCAGAAGAUGGAAAAGCAGAUAUUGUGAGAGCUGCUCAGGAAUUUUGCCAGUUAGUAGCCCAGCAGCAAAAGAAAUCCACAGAUUUGGAUGUACAUAUGUUAGACAGUUUACUUAGUUCAAAUGGUUUCCCUGAUCCUGAUGUAGUGUUGAAGUUUGGUCCUGUGGAGAGCACAUUAGGCUUUCUUCCCUGGCAGCUGAGAUUGACUGAGAUUAUCUCUUUGCCUUCCCACCUAAACAUCAGAUAUGAGGACUUUUUCUCUGCCCUUCGUCAAUAUGCAGCCUGUGAACAGCGUCUGGGAAAGUAGUGACCCCUGGUUGCAUAAUUUGAUUUCAGGCUUUUGGAGAAAAGGACCCAAGUGACUCUGAUGUUUACAAAGCACCUACGAAACCCUAUAUACACCUAAUUCAUAAUCCUCAUAAUUUAUCAACAAACACAAAAAAGUGUCUUACUUGAGAGUAAGAGUAUGUGUGAGUAUGUGUGCGUGCGUGCGUGUGCGUGUGUGUGUGUGUGUGUGUGUGUAUAGAAAUAAACUUAUAAAUGGGGAAAUGCUAGAGAAUGAAAUACAUGGACUUGCACCUUUGAGCAAAUAGCAGUACUGUUUCAUGAGCUGAAAUUUCAGUUUUGAAGGCUUCAGUCCCAACAACGUCCCUGUUUUUGUAGGGAGAUGAGUGGUUGUUGUUUUGGGGGGUGGGGAAUAAUUUUUUUUUGUCUUUCCUAGUGACCAAACUUUAAUUUUUAAAAAUAAUAUAUUAUUAAAUGGAGGCAUUCUGAGAUUGAGGGAUUUCCAGAGGAAUGGAAUUCUGUAUUGCUCACAUUUUAAAAACUUGCUCAGCACUGGAGCAGAGGGAAUACCUAUUUUCAGAUACCCGUCCAUUUUCAUCUCAUCAUUAUUGUCAAACAGUGUGACUUGAGAAUGUUGAUCUGGUGUCCUUGUUCUGGGUUGGGAAAAUCAUUUGAAAAAGAACUCCUACAACACUGAAAUGCAGAAUUUAAAAUUUUAAAAUGUAUGAGGCAGUCAAAAAGUGAAACUGUUGUAAUCUUAAAAAGUAAAUAUGGUGGAAAAUCCUAAAAAAGGAAAGAAAGUUUGGAUUUCCUUUUUUGUUGGUGGGCAAUGUGCUAAAGAAUACCCAAAGUUGGUUUAAUUUCCAUUAACUAUGUUUAUUGAAAAUAAGUAUUUGAGGGAAGUUACCAGGGCAGCUCUUUUCCUCAAAAGUAAUCUGUUCCUCUUUGGAAUAACACACGUAGGGCCAUGUUAGUGCUCAUGGUUUUUACUCAGUAAACCCUGAUGGUAACUUAGUAGAAGAGAUCUUUAAGUAAGAUUGAGGCCUGUGUUAAGUAAUAAAACAUUACCAAAGUCUACAAAAGUAAAUUAAUUUUACAUGUUCUCUCUCAUGACAGAGAACAGCACUGGUUCUGUUAUUUUUUAAGUGAAUAAAUGAUUUUUUGAUAGGUGUUUAGUAUUUCUUUCCUCACGGAAACCAUUCUUUAUAUUUGAUGGACUUUUUCAGUAUAAUGGUUACCUAAAAUUGUAUAUUUAGAAUGGAGUAGUUUAAAUACUAGGUCUCAGAAGUCUGAAAAGUAGCAGAGAAGACUGGAUUUGGAAAGCGAGAUCUGGAAGUCCUUGUCAAAUUCUGAAGCUGUGAAGAAUAAAUGUUCCAACUUUGGACUACAAAAUCCCAUUUAUGAUUUUAAAAAUACACUUGAAAUAAAAAUGAUUAAACUA